AUGCGGUUUCCGUCACGGGAACGUGACCAUCUUGGCUACUGCUCAGGCCUGGCUACCGCCUGGAUGCUGCCGUUCACGGACUGGGUGCUGGAGCUGCUGAGCAUGGAGCGGACCCACCUCCAUGCUUACACCAUCUCCACCCUGCUCCUUGCCCUGCUGGCCCUGCUCUUCCGCACCCUCCUGCAGCUCGGGAACUCCUGGCACCGCUACUAUGUGAACUGCCAGCGUCUGCGCUGCUUCCCAGAGCCCCCGCAUCGCAACUGGCUGCUGGGACACUUGGGGAUGGUGAAGGAUUUUGGUCCCAGCCGGAGGGACCUAAUCCUACCCUAUAUUAACUCUGCCCCGUCCCUCCUGCAGUUCAUAUCUGAUGAGGAGGGGCUGAGCUUGGUGUCCCAAACGGUUGCUACAUUCUCCCAGGCCUGUGUGACAUGGAUGGGGCCCUUCCUACCAGUCCUGGCCCUGGUGCACCCUGAUUAUCUCAAGCCGAUCACAACAGCCUCAGCUGCCAUCGCGCCCAAGGACUACAUGUUCUAUGGCUUCCUGAAGCCCUGGCUCGGGGAUGGUUUGCUGCUGAGCAACGGUGCAAAAUGGGUGCGGCACCGGCGCAUGCUGACUCCAGCCUUCCACUUCGACAUCCUGAAGCCCUACGUGAAGAUCUUCAACCAGAGCACUGCCAUCAUGCAUGCUAAGUGGCGCAGGCUGGUGGCGGCAGGCUCCACCUCCCUGGACAUGUUUGAACAGGUCAGCCUCGUGACCCUGGACAGUCUGCAGAAAUGCGUCUUCAGCUACAACAGCAACUGCCAGGAGACGCCCAGUGACUACAUCUCCCAAGAUCUGUGA